AUGGCGGAGUAUGGGGAGGGAUAUACUGAGCCGUUGGAUGACUCCAGCUCGGAGUGCCCGGCAGAGGAGCGACAUGACGUAGGAGGCAGUAAAAGAGGGAGUAGAGCAGAUUCAGAGCCCAAGCCCAAGCGAAAGAGAAGUUGUCCCAUGUACUUUGGGGUCAAGUCCUACCUGCACCAGUUUUAUGAAGACCAUGGUUACAAGGACCCGGCUCUCUACGAGGAGGAUGAUCACCAGUAUCUGCUGUCGCAGCGCAGACGACGACUUCGGUGCACGCCCAUCUGGUGGAAGCUGUUCAUGUGGAUUGGAGUCAUUCUUCUUUUGUUUGGAGUAAUGGGUAUUUUGAUCGGCUACCUCGUACCACCUCGACACGUGUUAAUAGAAUCUCCCGAUGACCUCAGUGGCGAAGCCUAUAUUGACGAGAAAGCGCAGGAAUACAACACGACCCUUGACAUGUGCAAGCUCAUCGGACUCAUCUUAUUCUGUGUUGGGGGUGUCACACUUGCACUGUCACUUCUGUUUCCAUCAUUUCUCACGCGCCACUGCGACGAUGAGCCUAACUCUGAUUACCCGCCCAUCAAGGCCCACAUCCCACAAGACGACACGGAGAAAGGUCCUUUGAGCCCUAGUCAAGAAGUUAUUCCUGCGUCUUCCAUAGUCAAGGGUAUUCAACCGACCAAGAAAGCAGAACAGCAAAUGUUGACGCAAUCUUCAGGCCAUGAGGACAAAUAG